CACAGGGGAGAGCGUGCAGAGCGAGACGCGUCGUCCCUCCCCAUCCACCCCGCCGCCGCCGCCGCCUCGCCUCCGUUCCAACGUAGGGUUAGGGUUUUUGCCGCCGCCGCCAUGGCGAUCCUCUCGGCGCUCGCGACCGAGGUGAUCAUCCCCGUCGCCGGCGUCAUCGGCAUCGCCUUCGCCGUCGUGCAGUGGGUGCUCGUCUCCAAGGUGAAGCUCUCGCCGGCCGCGGCCGCGUCGGGGGGCAGCAAGAACGGGUACGGCGAUUCCCUCAUCGAGGAGGAGGAGGGCCUCAACGACCACAACGUCGUCGUCAAGUGCGCCGAGAUCCAGAACGCCAUCUCCGAAGGAGCAACAUCAUUUCUUUUCACCGAGUACCAAUAUGUUGGUAUUUUCAUGUGUAUCUUUGCUGUUGUUAUCUUCCUCUUCCUUGGUUCGGUUGAGGGAUUCAGCACGAAGAGCCAGCCCUGCACCUAUAGCAAGGACAAGUACUGCAAGCCAGCACUGUUCACUGCACUCUUUAGCACUGUGUCUUUCUUGCUUGGAGCAAUCACCUCUUUGGUGUCUGGCUUCCUCGGAAUGAAGAUUGCCACAUAUGCCAAUGCCAGAACUACCCUUGAAGCCAGGAAGGGUGUUGGGAAGGCAUUUAUAGUUGCUUUCCGCUCUGGUGCCGUUAUGGGCUUUUUACUUGCAUCAAGUGGGCUUGUGGUUCUUUACAUUACCAUUAACGUAUUCAAGCUGUACUACGGUGAUGACUGGGAGGGUCUUUUUGAGUCCAUCACUGGUUAUGGCCUUGGUGGGUCUUCCAUGGCUCUCUUCGGAAGAGUUGGUGGAGGUAUUUACACAAAGGCUGCUGAUGUGGGUGCUGAUCUUGUUGGAAAAGUUGAAAGGAACAUUCCCGAGGAUGAUCCUAGGAACCCAGCUGUGAUUGCUGACAAUGUCGGUGACAAUGUUGGUGACAUUGCUGGAAUGGGAUCAGAUCUCUUUGGGUCAUACGCAGAAUCUUCCUGUGCUGCCCUCGUUGUCGCAUCUAUUUCAUCUUUUGGAAUCAACCAUGAUUUCACUGGGAUGUGCUACCCGCUGCUUGUUAGCUCUGUUGGAAUCAUCGUCUGCUUGAUCACCACACUCUUCGCGACCGAUUUCUUUGAGGUCAAGGCUGUGAAAGAAAUUGAACCUGCACUUAAGAAGCAGCUCAUCAUCUCUACUGCUUUGAUGACUGUUGGUAUUGCAAUAAUCAGCUGGUUGGCCCUUCCAGCUAAGUUCACUAUCUUCAAUUUUGGUGCUCAGAAGGAAGUGACCAACUGGGGCUUGUUCUUCUGUGUUUCUAUUGGUCUGUGGGCUGGUCUGAUUAUCGGUUUUGUGACAGAAUACUACACUAGCAAUGCAUACAGCCCUGUGCAAGACGUUGCUGAUUCCUGCAGAACUGGUGCUGCCACUAAUGUCAUAUUUGGCCUUGCUCUAGGAUACAAGUCAGUUAUCAUCCCAAUUUUUGCUAUUGCGGUCAGCAUCUAUGUCAGUUUCUCUAUCGCUGCAAUGUACGGCAUAGCAGUUGCCGCUCUUGGUAUGCUAAGCACAAUCGCAACUGGCCUUGCUAUUGAUGCUUAUGGUCCCAUUAGUGACAAUGCUGGUGGCAUUGCUGAGAUGGCUGGAAUGAGUCACAGAAUCCGUGAGAGAACUGAUGCCCUUGAUGCUGCUGGCAACACAACUGCUGCUAUUGGGAAGGGAUUUGCCAUUGGAUCAGCUGCUCUUGUGUCCCUGGCGCUUUUCGGUGCCUUCGUUAGCAGAGCUGGAGUGAAGGUUGUUGAUGUCCUCUCCCCUAAGGUCUUCAUCGGUUUGAUCGUUGGAGCCAUGCUUCCGUACUGGUUCUCUGCCAUGACCAUGAAGAGUGUUGGAAGUGCCGCUCUGGCAAUGGUGGAGGAGGUCCGCAGGCAGUUCAACACUAUUCCUGGACUGAUGGAGGGAACUGCCAAGCCCGACUACACCACCUGUGUCAAGAUCUCUACUGAUGCUUCCAUCAGGGAGAUGAUUCCUCCUGGUGCUUUGGUCAUGCUCACACCCCUCAUCGUUGGAACCCUCUUUGGUGUGGAGACUCUCUCUGGUGUUCUUGCUGGCGCUCUUGUUUCUGGAGUGCAGAUUGCCAUCUCUGCUUCCAACACCGGUGGUGCAUGGGACAAUGCGAAGAAGUACAUUGAGGCUGGUGCCAGUGAGCAUGCAAGGUCCCUAGGCCCCAAGGGAUCAGACUGCCACAAGGCUGCUGUGAUCGGCGACACCAUCGGAGACCCCCUGAAGGACACAUCUGGCCCUUCACUCAACAUCCUCAUCAAGCUUAUGGCCGUCGAGUCCCUCGUGUUCGCGCCCUUCUUCGCCACGCAUGGUGGUCUGCUGUUCAAGUACCUCUAAGAACCACACAAUGCGCAGCAGAAGUAUAUGAUCGGUGGACAUCUCAAAUAACUCCUGCCAGAUUGCCAGUCCGUGUGUCGUGCGCCGUGCGCCGUGCGCCGCUGUUUUUUUGGUCUCAUGUUGCUUAAGGAUUGUUGCUGUUCUUCCUCUUUUGGCCUCCUGGAGGCGUUACGUUAGCCUUACUCUUACUGCUUCUAGCAUCACGUUGAAGAGAAAACAAGAUAUCCUCUUGCGUCUGGCAAAUUUUCCUUGUCCCUUGAUGACGGCGAUAAUGUUGAACUCUUAAACAAUGAUACAUGAUUAUUGCAUUGUACUGGUAGUAAA